AUGCUGUUGUUAUUUGCGUUCGUUCGAGCAGACUGGAAAGGAGGUUUCACACAAAAUUUUGCCACCAUGGGCGACAGCAAGAGUGUAACAAUAACACUGGAAGAUAUCAUCACUCUCGAAGCACGCUGUUUGGAGCAAAUUCGUGAGGAUGUGUUGUACGCGGUCCGAAACGAUGCAAAGCUGCGAGCGGUUUUGACGUCGAAAAAUUACGAUGAUUUCAAGAACAUCGUCGACGCUGCCCACCUAACGCCACUGAGCACCAGCGACAAGCGGAACGCGAAAACAAAGAACCGAAUUUGGAACAACAGUGCCAUGCGCGAUUAA